UGUUUCCAACUUGCUAUCUCAAGAAAUGUCUUCUCUAGCUUCUUCAUCACUUCCUGUUUCAACUCAUGAUUCCAUGUCCAAUGAGAAUCGUCGCUCAACAAAGUUUCAUCCUAGCAUUUGGGGGGAUCUUUUCCUUUCAUUUCCUUCUAAAGUGAAUGUGGAUACUAUGACUCAACUACAUUACGAAGAAUUGAAACAAGAAGUGAGGAGGAUGCUUACGGUGCCUACAGAUAAUCAAUUAUCUCAGAAAUUACGUUUAAUUGAUACAAUCAAGCGUUUAGGCGUCAGUUACCAUUUUGAAAGGGAGAUAGAGGAUGUAUUACAAAAUAUUUAUGAUCAAGACUACAGAGAUGACAAUCUGGAGGUUACAUCUCUUCGAUUUCGAUUGCUUAGAGAGCAUAGCUUUAAUGUUCAAUGUGAGACAUUCAACAAGUUCAAAGAUGACAAAGGAAACUUCAAAGUGUCCUUGAAAAGUGACGUGAAAGGCUUGCUAGAAUUAUACGAAGCUGCUCAUAUUCGUACGCAUGGAGAACAUAUAUUGGAAGAAGCACUUGCUUUCACCACCACUCAUCUAGAGUCCGCAAAAACUAGCCUAUGUGAGUAUCCCAUUUCAGUACUAGUCUCCCAUGCCCAAAAACGGCCCAUCCGCAAGGGAUUGCAAAGGUUGGAAGCUAGGAGAUUCAUUUCCAUAUAUCAAGAAGAUGGUUCACAUGACAAAACGUUACUGAAGUUUGCCAAGUUGGAUUUCAGCUUAGUACAAAAUCUGCACAAGGAAGAGCUAAGCAAGAUCUCUAGGUGGUGGAAAGAUUUAGACUUCAAGAGACAACUACCUUUCGCAAGAGAUAGAUUGGUUGAAGGUUACUUUUGGAUAUUGGGAGUGUACUUUGAGCCCCAAUACUCCUUUGCUAGACAAAUAUUGACAAAAGCAAUAGUCAUGGCAUCAACUAUGGAUGAUAUAUAUGAUGCAUAUGGCACAUUUGAAGAACUUCAACUCUUUACCAAAGCAAUUGAGAGGUGGGAUACUAACUGUAUGGAUCGACUCCCAGCAUAUAUGAAAUUGUUCUACAAGGCACUCUUAGACGUUUAUGAAGAAAUGGAGGAAGUGAUGACAAAGCAAGAAAAAUCAUACCGUGUCAAAUACGCAAAAGAAGCAAUGAAACAAUUAUCUCAAGCUUAUUUCGUUGAGGCCAAAUGGUACCAUGAAAACUAUGUACCCACAGUGGAGGAGUACAUGACCAACGCAUUAGUAUCUUCUGGCUACAUCAUGGUUACAGUCACUUCUUUUGUUGGAAUGGGAAAUGUUGUGACCAAAGAGACCUUUCAAUGGGCAUCUAACAAUCCUAGGAUUGUCAGAGCUUCUUCCAUAAUUGCCCGCCUCAUGGACGAUAUUGUUUCACACAAGUUUGAGCAAGAGAGAGGGCAUGUUGCAUCAGCCAUUGAAUGCUACAUGAAGCAACAUGGGGUUUCAGAAGAAAAGGCAUGUAAUGAGUUGAACAAGCAAAUUGAGAAUGCUUGGAAGGAUAUAAAUCAGGAAUUGGUACGGCCACCGGCUGGGGUUCCAAUGCCGGUCCUCACACGGAUUCUCAAUCUUGCAAGAGUGAUGGAUUUCCUUUAUAAGGAAGGAGAUGGAUACACACACGUUGGAGAAGCUGUAAAGGAUGGAAUCACUUCAUUGAUGAUCGAUCCAAUCCCAAUUUGAGAAAGAAUUGAUGUGGAAUAAAUAAGAAACAAAAUUAUUCAAA